UCUCCGCAGGUGAAAGUGGUCAAAUUCAGCUACAUGUGGGCCAUCAACAACUUCAGCUUCUGCAGAGAGGAGAUGGGCGAGGUGCUCAAAUCGUCCACCUUCUCGGCAGGAGCCAACGACAAACUCAAAUGGUGUUUGCGGGUAAAUCCGAAAGGACUAGACGAAGAAAGUAAAGAUUACCUCUCACUCUACCUUCUACUAGUAGCGUGCAACAAACAAGAAGUUAGGGCUAAAUUCAAGUUUUCAAUUCUCAAUGCCAAACGAGAAGAAACCAAAGCUAUGGAGAGCCAGCGAGCAUACCGGUUUGUACAAGGCAAGGACUGGGGCUUCAAAAAGUUCAUCCGACGAGACUUCCUCCUCGACGAGGCCAACGGUCUGCUUCCUGACGACAGGCUAACCCUGUACUGCGAGGUGAGCGUGGUGGCGGACAGUGUCAACGUGUGCGGCCAGUCGAACCAGGUGCAGUUCAAGGUGCCCGACUGUCGGCUCUCGGACGACCUGGGUCAGCUGUUCGAGAGCCAGCGGUUCAGCGACGUCACCCUCUCGGUGGGCGGCCGAGAGUUCCAGGCGCACAAGGCGCUCCUGGCGGCCCGGUCGCCCGUGUUCGCCGCCAUGUUCGAGCACGAGAUGGAGGAGCGAAAACACAACCGUGUCGACAUCACCGACGUCGACCAUGAGGUGCUGCGCGAGAUGCUGCGCUUCAUCUACACGGGAAAGACCAAUAACCUGGAGAAGAUGGCCGAUGACCUGCUGGCGGCAGCCGAUAAGUACGCCAUGGAGCGACUGAAGGUGAUGUGCGAGGCGGCCCUGUGCGCCAACCUCAGCAUCGAGAACUCACCAGAGGUGCUCAUCCUGGCUGACCUGCACUCGGCAGAGCAGCUCAAGGCGCAGGCCAUCGACUUCGUCAACAUCCACGCCACGGACGUGAUGGAGACGCCCGCCUGGAAGUCGAUGAUCACAUCUCACCCGCACCUGAUCGCCGAGGCGUUCCGGGCGCUGGCCACCCAGCAGGUGCCGCCCAUCAACACCACACGCAAACGGAUGAAGCCCUCCCCGUGAGGCGGUGUCUGGGAGCCAGCGAGGGGCGCCGGCUGCGCGCCACGCGCCGUCAAUGUUCAAUGUUCAAAGCGGCCUGCGUCGCUGCCGCCGCCGGCACCGGCCAGGGGUCGUCAGACAGUGUGAUAGCUGCCGCCGCGCCGGACUCGUUGUUACGCGGACUGUACCCAGACGGUCCUCGUGAUGGUCCGUGGAUUUCUGUGGUCCCAGUGGUCCUCAGAAUGGUCCCGGUGGUCCGAAAGGACCGUCGCGCGGUCCGGCCGGCCGGUCCUGCGCCCUACGAAUUCAGCGUACGUAUGUGUAGUCCGUUAUGACCUGAUUAGAGGUCCUUUCUGGUACCGCUGCUCGGCCCGCUUCGAGGUCUGCCAUGCGGUCCUCACAAAUCCCGCUGUGUGAUUCUCGAGUCUGCGAGAUUCGCCUGGUCGUUUUAGUCGUCUGUGGUUCUCCGCCGCGAUCCGCUGGUUGGUGGAUGAUUGGUCUCUGGGGACCUUUUGGUCCCGUUGUCCCGGCCACCGAGAGGGACAGGGCCCGGCCGCUGCCCACCGACCGAUCUCACGGGCGCGCGGCGGCUCCGUUGUUACUGCGCCGCGCCGGCACCUCGGAUGUGUACCUGUGUGUGUAUGUCUGUGUGUGUAUAUCUGUGUGCCAGGGAGUGGAAGAGAGCUCGCGCUGCAUUGUGUGUAUGUGUGUGUGUGAGGGGCCUCGUCACGGGUCCCGGGGAAGCGUCCCCCGCCGUCGCCGCCGCCGGCCGGUCGCCGCCCGGGGUGUUGGGUGCCCGUGUUUCUCGCGGAGCGCCGCCCCCGGUGCAGGAGACCGCUGCGCGUGGCGGCGGUUUAUUUGUUAACAUUCUGUGCGACUCCGCACGACGCCGUCUGUGUUCAAAAGCAAUCAUGUACAAGGUCAUUACGUGCACUGGUAAUAAUAAACCGAUCCUGCCGUA